AUGAGACUAGCCGCAUAUGCCGGGGCCUCUGCGGCUCUGGCCACGGGUGUUGUUUUGAAGGCAGUGCAUCAAAGAGCGAAUUUCUAUGCUGCCUGCGUAUACCUCUCUCAAAGCAGUGCGAAUCUCAUGAUAUUAACAAACCUGUGUCUUCUCAUUGUCGGAUACCUAUUGUUUUGGCUUCAACGCCUCCUUUACGGACCCUUGCGCCCGAUCGAAACCGAACAGCUUUACGAAAAGGCAUGGUUUGCAGUUACAGAAACAUGUUUGGCCAUGACAAUAUUCCGAGGGGAACUGGGCGGCUGGUUCCUAGUUAUGUUCGUCUGUCUCCUAGUAGGGAAGGUCUGGGGGUGGAUUGGAGAAGGCCGUGUCGAGUUUCUCGAGCAGCAACCCCCCGCCAAUCCGCGCUUGUUUCACAUCCGACUGUCAAUAUCGCUAAUGUUGUCGGUGCUGUUCAACUCCUUUAUGCUCAACUACUGCGUACAGACUGUUCUUGAGCAAGCGCGCCCAGAUAUGAUGGUCAUGUUCGGCUUCGAGUUUGCGGUCUUGACCAUUCUUUCCAGUUCAACUGCUGCCAGAUACAUAAUCUCUCUGGUUGAGCUGUACAUCAACCGCCAGCAGAUGAAGGCCAAGGUUGAGGAGCGCCGUCGAGAAAUCCGCGCAGCCAGAGCGCAAGCUCACAAUGAAUCCGGAGAAGCAAUCUCAGCCGCCAAUCUCCCAGACGAGAACGACAUCGAUGAAAUGGAACUCGAUGUUCCAGGUUGGGAAGAGAAGGGUCGCUGGAUCUUUUAUCUCGAUCUCCUGACCGAUUUCCUGAAACUGACAGUGUAUUUGACGUUCUUCGCCAUUCUGUUCACCUUUUAUGGCUUACCCAUCCACAUUCUGCGCGAUGUCGUUGUCACCAUUCGUUCCUUCGGCCGACGGAUUAUGGAUUUUGUCCGCUACCGUAAUGCCACCCGUGAUAUGAACGAGCGGUACCCAGAUGCAACUGCAGAGGAGGUCACAAGAGAAGACGUCUGUAUCAUCUGCCGUGAAGAAAUGACCCACUGGCAAGAGCCUGCUGGUGCAGGCGACGGUGGAGCCGCUCCUGCUCAGCCAAGAGCUCGAAUCCCCGAAAGGCUACGUCCGAAGAAGCUCCCAUGUGGUCACAUUUUGCACUUUUCUUGUCUUCGGAGUUGGUUGGAGAGACAACAAAAUUGUCCUACCUGCCGCCGUCCAGUCAUUGCGCCGCCCCGUACCCGCGAUCAUCCCGGUGGUGCUGCUGGAUUUGGCCAAGCCGACGGUGCUGCAGGAGCUCAACAAAAUCUGCCGGCGGGCAAUCAACCAUUGGGUCAGAAUGGCCCUGCUGGCAAUCUGCCCAGAGCUCGUAUCUACCAGUUUGGGCCCUUCCGGAUCGGGUUUGGAGCCGGCCGAGGCGAUCUCUUCCGCAAUCUACACCAGCAAAUUCAUCAAGGCAAUGUCCCAGUGCAACAGAACAACAAUGUCAUCCCCCCGGGCGCCAGACAGAUUGGCUUUGGAUUGGGUUUCGGACGGCGUGCCCCAGCACCAGUGCCUCAACCUCUGCAAGCACCUACUUCAAGCAUUGUCAGCAUCCAAGCUCAACUGCGGCAGAUGGAACAGCAAUUGAUGCAGGAAAUCAACAAUCUCCGUGUCACUGCUGAACAGCUGAAUCUCGUGAGGCUGCUGCAGGCAGAGCUUCAACGUCUUCGGAAUCUUCCUAUGAUGACCCCUGGUGAUUCUCAGACCACGUACUCCUCGGUGUCUCCUGUGCAACCCUCUACCGCACCCUUUGUUGCAUCUCACAGGCAUUUAGUAUCAAACCCCCAAGCGCAAUCCAUCCCAGCCGGUGAUUCUCGACUCCCCGAAGGUCUGAACUUGCCAGAGGGCUGGUCUCUCAUUCCCCUUCAUUCGCCUGAAGCAGGGUCGAGCGGUUCGCAAGAUCCAUUGGUCCCUACAGCUACUGCUGCGGCACCGGCACCUGAGGGGCCUUCUGAUACCCCGACCCAGCCCGCGGCAGAGAAUACAAACGAUGGAAACUCAGGCACUUUCACUUCAGCUCGGCCUCCUACUCCGCCACCAUUGCCCGCCUGGGGAUUUGGAACGUCUACGGUGGCUCCCGACUCACAUGUUGAUUCUUCAUCACAGGAACUCGAGAAUAUCACUACAUCGGCCCCUGCGCACGAUGCGCAAGCUACCACUGCGGAUGAGCCCACAAACUCACCCGGCUCCAAAGGCAAAGAACGGGUGGCUACGGUCGAAGACGCCGUGGAUGAGGAAGCUUAA